GUUCAAAAAACCAGGCAUUACCUCCCCGCCCCUCCCCCCAACCGCGCACGGCAACCGAUGAGCGGUGAUCGGCGUAAUUUUAACUGCUAGCCUGCCUGAACCAUAUGCAGUGUUCCGCACCCGAUCUCUCGCAGCUCAAACUGCCUGAUGGAGUGCCACCAUUUAUACAUAUCAAUCAGAAUGAUUUCUUAGGGAGGAAAACUAAAAAAAUUAAAGAAGAGGAUCUUGCUAUUUGCAUAUGCAAGUACGAACAGAGUGAUCCUGAAAGUGCAUGUGGAGAAGGGUGCUUGAAUGUAUUAACCAGCACUGAAUGCACACCUGGAUACUGCCCUUGUGGCAGUUAUUGCAAGAAUCAGAGAUUUCAGAAAUGUGAAUACGCCAAAACAAAGUUGUUCAAAACUGAUGGCCGUGGGUGGGGUCUUCAUGCAGAUGAGAAUAUAAAGGAUGGACAAUUUAUAAUUGAGUACUGUGGAGAAGUAAUAUCAUCGGAAAAAGCGAGGAAAAGGUCUCAAACUUAUGAAAAUCAGGGCCUUAAAGAUGCAUAUAUAAUCUCUCUAAAUGCCAAUUAUUUCAUCGAUGCUACAAGGAAGGGAAGCGUAGCAAGGUUUAUUAAUCAUUCAUGCCUACCAAAUUGUGAAACAAGGAAGUGGACAGUUUUAGGAGAAACAAGGGUUGGUAUUUUUGCUAAGCAAGAUAUUUCCAUAGGAAUUGAGCUCACAUAUAACUACAACUUUGAAUGGUAUGGUGGUGCUACUGUUCGCUGUCUUUGUGGAGCGCCAAAGUGUUCUAUAUUUCUUGGUGGAAAAUCUCAUGGAUUCCUGGAAUAUAAUCAUGUGUGGGAAGAGGGAGAUGACAGAUACCCAGUCGAUGAAAUUCCCCUGUAUGACUCUGGAGAGGAUGAAAACCUUAUCAAGAAAGCCAGUAUUCACACUGAUGUUGAACCAAAACCAAUGGACGAUGAGAGUAGAGUCUACCCUGGAAGUGGAAUGGUUAGUUUUGAAGAGGAAUAUGAACAUAGUUCAGAUGCAAGAAUUUCCUUGGAUCCAGUGGAUGGUGUUGUACCAAGGAAAGAACUAUAUCCUAAUGAUUUGCAAGAUGGAUAUCACAAACACAGUGCAUUUAUACCUCGUCGGAAUAAUAAUGCUGGAGUUAGUCCAUUUAAGAACAAAGUGAAACAUUCUUCCAAACAAAAGGCCAAGUCUUCUGGACGAAAGCAAGUAACCGCCGAAAAUGUUUCUAAACUGUUUUCAUCCAAGGAAUCAAUGGAAGAAAUUAUGAAGUAUGAGGAAAUGAGAAACCAGGUGAACUCAACGCUCAAUUCCCUGUAUGAUGAAAUUCGCCCUGCCAUUGAAGAAUUUGAACGGGAUAGCCUGGACAAUGUGCCAACCAGCGUUGCAGAAAAGUGGAUUGAAGCAUCAUGCUUUAAAAUGAACUCCGAUUUUGAUUUUUUCUUCUCUGUGGUUAAGAAUGUCAUGUGCCCUCAACAAACGACCAAUGCUGAUGAGGUGAAGCCUUCUUGGGAAGGUGAGGAUAAAUCAUAUGAAGUGAAGAUGUUGACAGGUUAGAAAUGUCAUCUGCCCUCAAAUAAAUCGUUGCUCUUUGUUUCAUUCAUUGAUUGAUCUCAAAACACAGAGUUUACAUGCUAACUGUUAUUCCAGU